AUGGAGAGAUUUAACUUGAAGAACUGUAAUAGCACAUCUGUCCCAGUUAUGGCAAACUUACAACUCACGUGUCAGCAAGAAGAGACCAAGGUUGAUGCAACCCUGUUCAAGCAGAUUGUAGGAACUCUUUGUUACAUAUGCAACAGCAGACCGAACAUCAGCUUCAGAGUCGGGCUUGUAAGCAGGUUCAUGCAUGAUCCAAGACAGUCUCAUCUUGCAGCAGCCAAGCACAUUCUGCGCUACUUGAAGGGAACAACGGAUUAUGGUCUUCAUUUUCCUAGGAAGGUUGACAGUACGUGUGAUAUUUUGAAGGCAUGGUGUGAUGCAGACUGGAGUGGUGAUCAAGUGAAUAGGAAGAGCACCUUUGGAUACCUGUUCAAAUUGAUGGGAGCUUCAAUAUCUUGGUGCUCAAAGAAACAAAAUGUUGUUGCACUCUCAUCUUGCGAAGCAGAGUAUAUAUCUACAGCAGAAACUGCUUGCCAAUGUGCUUGGCUAGAAGCUAUUCUAUGA